AAAAAAAAGAAAAAGAGAGAAACGGAGAAAGAAAGGUUUCUAGGCUGCAGUUUGACUAGAUCUGAACACGGAAUCGGGAGCGCGAUUCAGCCCAGGGAUUGAUCAUUUUCUAGUUUCAGCUCACAUGGAUAUUUUUGGAUUGUUGAAGGAGUGCGCUGAGAUAUUUGGAAGACUACAGGGAUCGUGGUUGUAGAGAAUUUUCUCGGGAUUCAGUAGCUUGAAUGAAAUAUCUUAUUUCAUGUUUUUGGUACCGGUUUAAAAUUAUACACUACGUUUACAUGGUGUUUCAAAGUCCCAAACUAAUUGGCUACAAGUGCGUUAGAUUUUCUAUCUUUGUAGAAUUGUUGUCACUAUUACCUAGUUAAAACGCUAUGUUAUCAUUUACACAGCAUUGGUUAUCCAUUUAGAGUCGUAGCGAACAUAUGAACAAAUCAUUCCGAAACGACCACGGAUUACAAGUGAAAAUUUGCUUACUUUUGACAAGAUUCUUACAUGAAUGCAUUUUGAUUUCCAUGUUGCUGUGCAUUUAUUGAGGCAGUUUGUUGUUUUAGAUGCAACAAUAUAGCCUCGUAUCUGAUGUUGCGGUUUGGUUACCAAUGUUCAUCAGACGGCUGUGCAUGUUCUGCACGGCAUUCAACAAACAUUAAUGUUGAACGACGACUUUACAAGUAUCUAUAAUACUCGGAGAUCUGAACAAGAAUAAAACACAUAUAGAUUUUCAAAUUGUCGUAUGUUCAGGACGAAACGCUCAGGUCUUGUGCGGCGACUCUGGAGAAGCCGUUUGAUUCCAGAUAAAGAGGGGGAUGAUGGAAAUGGCAAAUCUAGCGAGGGGUGUAGGGACGAUCUGUUCGGCAACAACCCAGAGAAAAUUCCCAAAACGGAGCUCAGACCGAUGACCCCUAGCGGGUCGCUUGUAGGGGACUUAGGGGGAGUGUGUACCCGGAACCCCGCUGAUGGCAGCGGCUUGGGGGUCACAGCGGACCAAGAUGGGGGUGCGGUGUGUGUCCAGGACCAGGGAAGUCCGCGCUCCAUACAGGACAGUGAAUGCAGAACAGUAACAUGCUGUUUAUUUAAGGACAAGGACCACUCUGAAUCUCGAGGUCCAGAGACGGCCCACGGAAUGGAACUCGGGUCAUGUCACUUCGUGCUGAGGAACCUCCGGCCACGGGACACUGGUUCUUCUGAGGCGCAGGAAACAAAGCCACGCACGGUGUUGGAGCACGAUCUCAAAACUGCUACAUAUUCUCUUUUGAAAAGACUAAAAGAGAAAACCCUGGAUGCCUUAUUGGAGGCUGUGGAGUCCAGAGGAGGGAUGCCGAGCGACUGUGUCAUGGUGUCGCGGGGAGAGCUACGGCUCGGCGGUCAUAUGGCAUCCCCUCAACUGCUUGCCUGUAAACUGUACCGUUGGUCCGACCUUCAGCACUCUGCCCAGCUCAAGCCACUCUGUGAGUGUAAGAGUUUUGGAUCUUUGGACAGUCCAGCGGUAUGCUGCAACCCAUAUCACUACAGUCGACUCUGUGGGCCAGAGUCACCCCCACCGCCAUAUUCAAGGCUUUUCCCCAAUGAAGAACACAAGCCCCUGGAUCUGUCAGACUCUACAUUGUCUUACACUGAAAUGGAGGUGGCUAGCUCUCCAAACGUCACUCCGGGGGAGUUUUCAGAUGCCAGUAUGUCGCCUGACGCCCCCAAGCAGAGCCACUGGUGCAACGUGGCGUACUGGGAGCACCGGACCCGCGUGGGCCGCCUCUACACCGUGUAUGACCCGUCAGUCAGCAUCUUCUACGAUCUACCUCAGGGCACUGGCUUCUGCCUGGGUCAGCUCAGCCCGGAGCCUCGCAGCAGCAUCGUCCAGCGCACGCGGGGCAAAAUCGGCUACGGCAUCCUCCUGAGCAAGGAGCCCGACGGCGUGUGGGCUUACAACCGCAGCGAGCACCCCGUGUUCGUCAACUCUCCCACUCUGGACGUGCCCAACAGCAGGACGCUGGUGGUGCGCAAGGUGAUGCCGGGCUACUCCAUCAAGGUGUUUGACUAUGAGCGCUCCUGCCUUCUGAGGCACACAACAGAUCCCGACCUCCUGGACGGACCUUACGACCCCAACAGCGUGCGGAUCAGCUUUGCUAAGGGCUGGGGGCCCUGCUAUUCUAGACAGUUCAUCACCUCUUGCCCCUGCUGGCUGGAGGUCCUGCUCAGCGACCACAGAUAACAACCAGCUGUCACACGGACCCCACAAACUAUCCCAAAUAUCAUCUACCUAGAUUUAAUAUAAAGUUUUAUAUAUUAUAUGAAAUAUAUAUUAUACUUGUAAAUACGGAUUUUUACAAUGUAAUUAUUUAUGUAUGGUGCAAUGUGUAUAUGGACAAAAGGAAAAAAAACGGAAAAUGCACUUUGGCUUAUAUAUAUUAUAUAUAUAAAUAUAUAUAAAGAUAAAGAAUCUUCCAUUACCAAUUUGAGAAAUUAUACAGCAAAAAUAGGAUGAUCCUGGUUUUGGUGUAUAGUUUUCAUAUACUAUUAAUAUCCAGACAAAAAGCUAACACCAUUCACACAUUGAUAAUAAAGUAUUCGCAUAAUA